UCGUGUUGCUAUGGCGACCGCGGCUACUAGAGUUCUGUCGGCGCAGAUAUGCGCGUCAGUGACGCGUCCAGUCAGCAGCGCAGCUAGCGUGUGUAGCAGCACGAGCCACCAUGAGCCUCAAUAAACAUCGACUGAGCGAUUCUUUAUUCAUCUGGCUGCAGACGUUUCAGGUGCCGUCGUGUGCGAGCAAACAGGAGCUGACCAGCGGCGUGGCCAUCGCACACGUGCUCAACAAAAUAGAUUCGUCCUGGUUUAACGAGACGUGGCUCAGCAGGAUAAAAGAGGAUGGCGGCACAAACUGGAGGCUGAAGGUCAGCAACCUCAAGAAGAUCCUGCAGAGCAUGAUGGAGUAUUAUCAUGAUGUGUUGGGUCAGCAGGUGUCUGAUGAGCACGUGCCUGACGUGUGUCUGAUCGGUGAGAUGGGGGACGGGACUGAACUGGGUCGUCUGCUGCAGCUGGUUCUGGGCUCCGUCAGCUGUGACCACAAACAAGAGCACAUUCAGCAGAUCAUGACGCUGGAGGAAUCAGUGCAGCAUGUUGUGAUGACGGCUAUACAAGAGCUGCUCACUAAAGAGCCCGUGGAGGCAGGGACUCCAGAGCCGUACGGGGAUUUCGACAGUCAGUCCAGGAAGUAUUAUUUUCUGAGUGAAGAGACGGACGAUAGAGACUGGCGGGAGCUCCAGCAGCAGGUGUCCGUUCUGAUGGAGGAGAAGUCCUCGCUGCAGGUGGAGCUUCAGUCUCUGCGGGAGCGUCUCAAUCAGUGCGAGCCGCCCGACGUGUCCUCCACCAUCACCAACAAGAAGCUGCUGCUGCUGCAGAGUCAGAUGGAGCAGCUGCAGGAGGAGAACGACAGGCUGGAGAGCAGUCGAGACGACCUGCGUGUGCGAGCUGAUGUUCUGGAGCGAGAGGUGACGGAUCUUCAGCUGAGGAAUGAGGAGCUCACCAGCCUCGCUCAGGAGGCCCAGUCCCUCAAAGACGAGAUGGACAUCCUCAGGCACUCGUCUGACCGCGUGAGUCGACUGGAGGCCAUGGUGGAGACGUACAAGCGUAAGCUGGAGGAUCUGGGCGACCUGCGCCGACAGGUGCGUCUGCUGGAGGAGAGGAACCACGUCUACAUGCAGCGCACCUGUGAGCUGGAGGAGGAGCUGCGCAGAGCCAACGCCAUCCGCUCGCAGCUCGACACCUACAAGAGACAGGCUCAUGAGAUGAGCGCCAAACACUCGGCAGAGGCCAUGAAAGCAGAGAAAUGGCAGUUUGAGUACAAGAACCUCAGCGACAAAUAUGAGACUCUUCUGAAGGAGAGAGAGAAGCUGAUAAGUGAGCGCGACACGCUGAGAGAGACGACUGAAGAGCUGAGAUGUGCUCAGGUCCAGCAGCAGUGCUUAACAGAUUCUCUGAGUGCUGAUUCAGGAGCCGUGGGCAGCCUGGCGGCAGAAAUCAUGCCAACAGAGCUCAGGGAUACGGUUGUGCGUCUGCAGCAGGAGAAUAAGAUGCUGUGUGUUCAGGAGGAGUCGUACAGACACAGACUGGAGGAGCUCCAGACGCUGCUGGAGGAGUCGCAGCGCUGCCAGAACACACUCGAGACCCAGAACCGGUUGAGUCAGCAGCAGAUAUCAGAGCUGAGUUCUCAGGUGGAGGAGCUGCAGAGAGCUUUACAGGAGCAGGACAGCAAGACCGAGGGCGUCAUUUCGUCGCUGUUGAAGAAGAAGCUGGAGGAGCAUCUAGAGAAGCUCCAUGAGGCUCAUUCUGACCUGCAGAAGAAACGAGAGGUGAUUGAUGAUCUAGAGCCGCAUGAGGACAGUAACAUGGCGAAGAAGAUCGACGAGCUGCAGGAGAUCCUGAAGAAGAAAGAUGAAGACAUGAGACGAAUGGAGGAGAGAUACAAGAGAUACGUGGAGAAAGCUCGCACCGUCAUAAAGACUCUGGACCCGAAGCAGAAGUCUAACGCGGUUCCUGCUGAAGUUCAGGUGCUGAAGAACCAGCUGACGGAGAAAGACAGAAAGAUACAGCAUCUGGAGCAUGAUUUCGAGAGGACGCGCUCCAGACACGACCAGGAGGAGAAGCUCAUCAUCUCAGCCUGGUACAACAUGGGAAUGGCUCUUCAGCAGAAGGUCGCCGGAGAGAAAUCCGGAUCGGGAUCAGGUCCGGCUCAGUCCUUCCUGGCCCAGCAGAGACAGUGGACACAAGCCCGCAGAGGCCUGUCCCGCCUGCAGCCCAGAUAAACCCAGACGCUGCACUUCUCUUUCAGCACUUUCUGUCUGUCUGCGAUCGUCCUGCUGAGAACGGAGAGAGGAUGCAGUUUGUGUGUUGUUUUUAGUUGAUCCAAACGUCAGUAUGUAGUUGAGUUUUAGUGUCAGUCAGCGCCAGAGUGGCAUGAAAACUUUUGCGUUUAAUGAAGUCGAUCAACCUUUGAUUCUUUUAAAGAUGUGUUUUUGUUUUUUAAUGCUAUGCGAUAGAUUUGGGUGUUCAUCAGGGUUACGGUGCAUGUGAACGCACUUUACACACUCUGUGCCUUCAGCCAUCAGCUGUCAAUCAUCUCAUCAGUGCGUCUGCUGUACAGAACCCAAGCACUGGAUGCUGGGAAGCCUUUAAUGCCACGAACAAAUCAAGUGCAUUUUUUAAUGAUUUUUCCAAAUCGGAGUAAACGAGAGCUGCUGUUUUAAACGACACUAAUCAUGGAUGAACCGCUGGAGCAGGAGGAGCUUCCACCGGCUGCUGCUUGACUGUAUUUUAAUUAUUAUUUUUUUUAUGUAAUGUCACCAAAGUCUGCCGCUGGUAUUUAUUGAUUGUGCAAACACUACUGACUGUGAACACUGCGUUCAGUCCAGACGCUGAGGUUCGUUCGUCUGUUCUUCACUCUGUGUUUUGUCCCAGUGCUGAUGUUCGUGAGUUGCGUUCGUGUGUUUUCCUCACGGUGUUCAGUCUGGACUGAUGGGGUCGGUACUGAAAUAAUUCACUUUACUCUCACUGUUCUUCUCUUUGCACUACAAUAAAAGAGAUUAUUGGUACAAAA